UCUGCUGUCUCUGAUCUCUCUGUUUGAUCUUCUCUGAUGUCUCCAGACUCUGUCAGGCUGCUGAAUGGUUCCAGUCUGUGUUCAGGCAGACUGGAGGUGAAGUCUAACCAGAGCUGGUCCUCAGUGUGUGAAGCUGACUUUGACCAGCAGGAUGCAGAGGUGGUCUGUAGGGAGCUCGGCUGUGGGCCUCCUUCGGUCCUCCAGGGGGCGCUCUAUGGAGAAGUGGAGGCUCCAGUGUGGAGCAAAGAGUUCCAGUGUGGAGGCCAUGAGUCUGCUCUCCUGGACUGUAGAAGCUCAGGCUCAGCUCGAAACAGCUGCUCACCUGGCAAAGCUGUUGGACUCACCUGCUCAGAGCCAAAUGAUGUCAGGUUGGUGGGAGGAGCCAGUCGCUGUGCAGACAGAGGCAGAUGACAUAUUCAGGUGAUUGCCACGAUGGAUGACAUGCUCAAUUCUGCAGAUACGACUGAAAAAGCGUACGAUAGAAAUGCUGACAAAGCAGCGGUCCACGAUCCACUACCUGCUACUUCAAAGUUGCCUGUUACACGUGAUUCCACUGCAGACCUUACAGGUAUGCUCACAUGAAACACGUAUUAAUGAAAACACACAUGCUUAGUACCCUGAUUUCUCCUUGUUUCUGCGCUUUCAGAAUCUUUGACUGAAGUCAAUAGUUUUUCAGAGCAGAUUUCCACUGAGGACACUGAACUAUCUUCAGUGGACCUCUCUGCAAAUGUCUUCCCCCAUAGAACAGUAGGUACGCUGACCUGUGAGUUCUUUACUUGUAAUUUUCUCCUCUGAAAAAUGUUUCCACAACAAAUUUCUUCUGUCUCACACAGAAGCUCCCAAAAACAUGCAAAAUAUACCAAAGUCAGGAGUGACCAGAGCAGUACCUAACUGCAGUCCACAAUCUGUGGAAAAGGAGCAGCCAAAACCUCGCAGUGCCCUGCUGCCGUCCUCUCUGGAGGUCAGCACAGUCCAUGAAUUGAGCCAUCCACCCAAACCAAAGGGCAAGAGCCAAGAAAGCCUUAAAACCACUUCUGCUCACACCGACCCAGGCGCAGAGGGUAAGGACAAUAGACUUUAGUGAAAUCCUAUUUCAUCUCAUUGUUCCCAUAUAUCUGUUUUCUUUCUGCAUCUUUCCUCACUAACCCUUCUCUUCUAUGGGAGACCUUUGUGCUGCGAUCCUCAUGGCCUGCCUCUUCUGCCACCCCCUGGACUGCCUCCUGUCCACGCUGAGGGGGUUUAACGGGUGCGCCUGGUGGCUUUGCUCGUCCUUCUACGACUGCGAGCCUCUCCUGCAUGUGAUGCACCACUGCAACCUGUGCGGGUGUCUGGGUGUUUCUCGCUGCUUCCAGAGCGACUGUCCACUGUGCGACUUGUGCCUCCACGCUACAGAAUGCCUGGACCUCGCUAUGGAAAUCUCUCAGAUGCUUUACCACUGACGCCUACUGCCAGAAAAUAAGGCACAUCCACACAAAAACCGAUGGCAAUCAUUUAUUUGUUAAAAAUCUUCUCAAAGCCAAAUUGCAGUGACAAGACAUAUUGGUUUGUAGUUAACAGUCAGUGUGAGUAUGAGUCACUGUGUAUAUGCCUGGUUAAGUCAGGGUUAAUAUUGUGGAGAAGAGUAAAAGCUAAAAAAGUACAGAAGUUCUACUCUGUGAUUUACGGGAACACGACGAGCAACGCUGAGUGAUGGAGUGGAGCUGCUUUAAGCUGAAAGGUACCUCCAACGCUCUGAACGAUCAGUGGAGAGCUUAAAAAAAUAAUUGUAACCACCAAUCAAUGCCACUCAAAGCUAUGAUUUAAAUAUGUUUUUGGCUGUUUUAACUAAAAACAGUGCAUCAGUGUUAGAAAAAACAAACAAAAAAAUACUCAAACACACAUUCAUUAACUGUACACAAGGUUCAGUAAGCAUGUGAUGAAAAAAAACCUAACAUUUGUGACUAUUUAAUGGAAUAAUAAUUGCAUUGAGAUUUCAUUCAAUAAAACAUCAUACAUUGUUAUAACAGAAGUGAGACUAGUGGUUGGUUUAAAAAAAAAAAAAAAGGAGGUCUGAGCCAACUGAAUUCAGACUACAAUGAGCAGGAAUCCAUUAUUAGAUUAUAUCACUUUUCAUCAUCCAAAAAAACAA